GGUUGCGAUGUAUAUCUGAUGACUGACUGCUAACGUUUUGCUCUUCAGGUGUCACUUGGGAUGGUCUUCUAAGCACCUUCCACCCUGAGCUAAGGAUUUGCAAACGGACCUGAGGGGAGAGCUGUAAUAUUUCUCCUCUGUCUCUCGUGACAAAGUUGGAAAGGAACAUAAAGAAAAAAUCAAGACAAAAUCACUUUUUUCUGAGGAAAAACAAAAAAGAAAAGGGACGGGAAAAGAAGAGAAAAAAGGAAUCAUGAUGGAACUCACGAUCCAACUCAUCCCAACGGGGGAAAUCAUCCUUUCCCCGGGGAAAAAUGGAGAAAACUACUGCCACAGCUGCAAGGUGGUGGCUAGUGACGGGGUGCGGGCUAUGAUGGAGUCGGCCCUGACAGCCAGAGACCGGGUGGGCGUGCAGGACUUUGUCCUGCUGGAGAACUACACCAGCGAGGCCUCCUUCAUCGAGAACCUGCGCAAGCGCUUCAAAGAGAACCUCAUCUAUACUUACAUUGGUUCAGUGCUGGUGUCAGUGAACCCGUACAAAGACCUGGAGAUCUACACCAAGAACCACAUGGAGCGAUACCGCGGGGUCAACUUCUACGAGGUCUCACCGCACAUCUACGCCGUGGCAGACAACUCGUACCGCUCCAUGAGGACGGAGAGGAAGGACCAGUGCAUCCUGAUCUCCGGGGAGAGUGGAGCCGGGAAGACGGAGGCGUCCAAGAAGAUCCUGCAGUACUACGCCGUCACCUGUCCGGCCAGCGAGCAGGUGCAGACCGUCAAAGACCGGCUGCUGCAGUCCAACCCCGUGCUGGAGGCCUUCGGCAAUGCCAAGACGUUGCGUAACGACAACUCAAGCCGCUUUGGCAAGUACAUGGACGUUCAGUUUGACUUCAAGGGCGCCCCGGUGGGAGGCCACAUUAUCAACUACCUGCUGGAGAAGUCCCGCGUGGUCCACCAGAACCACGGCGAGAGGAACUUCCACAUCUUCUACCAGCUGAUCGAGGGAGGGGAGGAAGACCUGCUGAGACGCCUGGGCCUGGAGAGGAACCCCCAGCAGUACCAGUACCUGGUCAAAGGUAACUGUCCCAAAGUGAGCUCCAUCAACGACCGCAGUGACUGGAAGGUGGUGAGGAAAGCGCUGAGCGUGAUCGGCUUCAACGAGGACGACGUGGAGGAGCUGUUGAACAUAAUCGCCAGCGUGCUCCACCUGGGGAACGUGCAGUACGGCGGGGAGGAGGGAAACGCCUGCAUCACCUCCGACACGCAGAUAAAGUACCUGGCCAGGUUGUUAGGGGUGAAUGGAGCAGUGCUGACGGAGGCGCUCACACACAAGAAGAUAAUCGCCAAGGGAGAGGAGCUGAUGAGCCCUCUGAACCUGGAGCAGGCGUCGUCAGCUCGAGAUGCUUUGUCCAAGGCCGUGUACGGACGCACCUUCACCUGGCUGGUGAACAAGAUCAAUGCCUCACUGGCAUACAAGGACGACUCCUAUAAGAAUUACUCUGUCAUCGGCCUGUUGGACAUCUAUGGCUUUGAGGUCUUCCAGCACAACAGCUUUGAGCAGUUCUGCAUCAACUACUGCAACGAGAAGCUGCAGCAGCUCUUCAUCGAGCUCACCCUCAAGUCCGAGCAGGAGGAGUACGAGGCCGAAGGCAUCACGUGGGAGCCGGUUCAGUACUUCAACAACAAGAUCAUCUGUGACCUGGUGGAGGAGAAGUUCAAAGGCAUCAUCUCCAUUCUGGAUGAGGAGUGUCUUCGGCCCGGAGACGCCAGUGAUAUCACCUUCCUGGAGAAGCUGGAGGACACGGUGGGAGGACACCCACACUUUGUCACUCACAAGCUGGCCGAUGGAAAGACCCGGAAGGUGAUGGGCCGUGACGAAUUCAGACUGCUGCAUUACGCAGGAGAGGUCAACUACAAUGUCAACGGAUUUCUGGACAAGAACAACGACCUGCUGUUCAGGAACUUAAAAGAGGUCAUGUGUAUGUCGGAGAACAAGAUCCUGACCCAGUGUUUUGACCGGGAGGAGCUGAGUGACAAGAAACGCCCAGACACAGCAGCCACCCAGUUCAAAGCCAGUCUGGCGAAACUCAUGGAGAUCCUCAUGUCCAAGGAGCCGUCGUACGUCCGCUGCAUCAAGCCCAAUGACUCCAAGCAAGCAGGUCGGUUCGAUGAGGUGCUGAUCCGUCACCAGGUCAAGUACCUGGGACUGAUGGAGAAUCUGAGGGUGAGGAGGGCCGGCUUCGCUUACAGACGACGCUACGAGGUCUUCCUGCAGAGGUACAAGUCACUGUGUCCCGACACGUGGCCGAACUGGCAGGGGAAACUGGCGGACGGAGUGGCCACACUGGUCAAACACCUGGGAUACAAGCCGGAGGAGUACAAACUGGGCAGAUCCAAAAUCUUCAUCCGUUUCCCAAAGACCUUGUUUGCCACCGAGGACGCUCUAGAGACCAGGAAACACAGUCUUGCCACCAAGCUGCAGGCGGGAUGGAGAGGCUACAGCCAGAAGACCAAAUACCAGAAACUCAGAACUUCAGCUAUCGCCAUCCAGGCCUGGUGGAGGGGCAUCCUGGCCAGGAGGAGGGCCCAGCGCAGGCGUCAGGCCGCAGAUACUAUUCGCAGGUUCAUCAAGGGCUUCAUAUACCGCCACAAGGAGCGCUGCCCCGAGAACGAGUACUUCCUGGAUUAUGUUCGCUACUCCUUCCUCAUGAACCUGCACAGGAACCUGCCGAAGAACGUCCUGGACAAAACCUGGCCGACACCUCCAGCUGCUCUCUCUGAGGCGUCAGAGCAUUUGCGUAAGCUGUGCAUGCAGAACAUGGUGUGGAGCUACUGCAAGAAGAUCAGUCCCGAGUGGAAGCACCAGAUGGAGCAGAAGAUGAUCGCCAGCGAGAUCUUCAAGGACAAGAAGGACAACUACCCACAGAGCGUUCCCAAACUGUUCGUCAGCACGAGACUCAACGGCGAGGACAUCAACCCCAAGGUGCUGCAGACUCUGGGCGCUGAGAAGAUGAAGUACGCAGUGCCAGUCACCAAGUACGACAGGAAAGGAUACAAAGCUCGACCCCGUCAGCUGCUGCUCACCGGAAACAGCGCCGUUAUCAUAGAGGAGGCCAAACUCAAGCAGCGCAUCGAGUACGGAGCCCUGAAAGGGAUCUCCGUCAGCUCCCUCAGCGACGGCCUGUUCGUUCUGCACGUGCCCAGUGACGACAACAAACAGAAGGGAGACGUAGUUCUGCAGAGCGACCAUGUGAUCGAGACUUUAACCAAGAUCGCGAUCUGCGCCGAGAAAAUCAACAGCAUCAACAUCAACCAGGGCAGUAUAAAGUUUACAGUUGGCCAGGGGAAAGAGGGGAUCAUAGACUUCACACCCGGAUCAGAACUACUGGUGGCGAAGGCUAAGAAUGGACACUUGUCUGUGACGGCUCCCAGACUGAACUCAAGAUGAUGGCCACACACACACACACACACACACAUACACACACACACACACACACACACACACACACACACACAACACACACGCCCACAUGCCAGGAACCUACGUACUCCUGACCUCUCCCAUCCUCCAAUCACAUGACUGCAGACCCCCGCUCUGCCUAAGCCAAUCAGAUGCCAGCUGUCACUCCACAGGUGGCAUGUGCUUCCAAUUAAAAAAAACAAAAAACAAAAAACAAACAAAAAAAAAAUCCAGCAAAACUAAUUGAUAUAUUUAUGUUUAUAUAUUAUAUUUUUGGGAUUAAUACUGUUGCUGUUUGAAUAUUCUGAUUUUAUAUACGAGGCCAAGGAAUAACAAAUAUUGUGGUGCAUUUUUCUUGCACCUUGUGUGUUCAUUGUGCUUUAUUUGGGAACAUGACCAACAAAAUUAUGAGGGAAGAGUCAGAAUUAGAGACAACAAUGAGAAAAAGAUAAAUCAGGGUGGGUUGUUGCUUGUUGCCUCUUUUUUUCCCCCCCUGUUUACUUUCUCUGCUCGACUAGAAGACUUGAUUGUCUUGCUGACCCUUAUUUUUCUAACUGGGGCGAAUGGCUUGUUAUUGAAGCACGAAGGUGUGUAGAACAAGGCUGACAGUAUGUAGGAUAUCUGUUGAGAGGGUCGGGGACGAGGAAGAGUAACUUUUCAAUCAAAUGGUGUCACGACUGGCUCUCUAAGUCAAAAUAAAUAGCUGGAUAUACUACUGAAUAUAAUUCAAAAAUCUGCACUCGUAUAGUGUUUGAAUAAGAAGAAAGCUGAUCACUGCAUUAAAUAAUCAGCUUCUGUAAAUGCAGCAAAAAAAUGAACAAAGUAAGUGAAGGGAGCGUGCGAGGAAAAGGGCGAGAGAAAGGUGAGAAGAAAGACGAGAGAACGCAGCGGUCAUUUGCCUCGACACCAGGUGCUUGUUCCUUCCUCCUUUGACUAAUUUAUUCCUAUUGAUUUAGUUCCAGAGCUGUAUGUACAUUGACGUGUAAAACUCAACCAUGACACUCAACACAAGAAUGAGUCGAGUUCAGUGUAGAUAGAAACCCGCCAUCCUCUAAGCAGCCGCCUGCACGGUCGACCUCCAUUGUUCAGAACCACAUACUGAGAAAGCCCCAGCAUUUCUCUCUCUCUCCAUCUGUAGUUGAUUCCUCUCUUCCCAUUAUCUUCAAGCUGCCUGCUUUCUGUCUUAGAGAAGAUUAGCUUUUGUCACUCUGAGACUUAAGUGGUGGGAUGGCUGUCUCUGAUCAAUAUUCUUGAAUUAAUUUCACCAAAAAGCCAUUAUUUCUUUUGUUGUUAUAUCAUAUAUCUCUCCAUUUUUACUAUUAGACAGGAUCGAGACCAUAGCGUGGGACUAAAUCUCACAAUUUGAAGCCAUAUUAAAUCUGGAUUUAGCUAAAGUGCUUGCUACGGCCAAAAACAGUGGUUUUAGAUUGAAGCUGCUAACAGCUGUGUGCCUAGAUAAACUUUAACUUUUGUGAAAGGAAAUACUUUUACAUUUAGGGAAAAUAAACUUAUUGGUUUUAUUGCUGAGAGCUACAUGAGAAGUUUGAUACCACUCUCAUGUUUAUGCGCUAAGUAUGAAGCUAACAGUCAGGAGAUGGCUAGCUUAGCUUUGAGGAAAAACUGCUAGCUUGGCUCUGUGAAAAUGUCUUUAAAAAAACAACACAAUUUUGUUUUUUGUACACAUUAAACAAACAAGACUUUAAUGUUUAAUAAAAAUAUAUUAAUUAGUGAGGUUUAGAGGUGCUGGUAAACAGACUUUAUUACUUUUUGAAAAGCUGUUUCCCUGUUGCUAGCCUUUAUGCUAACGCUAGCUAAGAAGCUUCUGGCUGUAGCUUAUACUGAACACAAACACACAGGAGUGGUGUCGAUCUUCUCAUCUAAGUCUUAGCUAAAAAGUGCAGAAGUAAAUUUUCCCAACAUGUCAAACUAUUCCUUUAAUGCCAGAAAAUAUAAGCAUUCAGAGCUCUUUGCAGAAUUUUAACGGUAGAAAAAACGUAAUAGCAUCUGAAUUGUCAUGCAACACUAUAAAAUAUUAAUUAAAGCACAUGACAACAGUAAAAUAUUCAUGCAUCUUCCGGUUCAAGUUAAAAGCCUCCUACUGACCAACAUCUGUCGGUCUAAAACCUAUCUCUGACCCUUGACCCCUAACUCAUUUCAAGCCUACAGGUGAGACCAAAGACUGACGGUGAAAAAGUUGUGUUCUUGAAACUUUUGAGAGGAGCUCCAAAAUGUUUCCAAGAUUUUUUUUAUUUUUAUUUUUUUUCCAGGCCUCGCUCAAUGACAGAACUUUUUCUCCGUGUGGCUCUGGGUGGCGAGGCGGGUGCAAUAUGCCGAGGCAGGACUGUGCUUACUGCAGUUAAACUAUACUAGCCAAAGACCCUGUUGAUUUAUACUGAUUCUGUGUAUGAUUUAUAUGAUAUUAUUAUAAAUGUUAUGUUGUUUGUUUGGUUUUUUUUUUUCCAGGAGGGAGAAGUUUUUGUACAGUUUUUGUUCUGUGUUGUUAUAAAUGAGAGAUUCAAGCCAAGUGAGGUUUGAUGAUGUGAAACAUUUUGGGGAGAAGAAGCUUUUAGUAUUGUUCGUUAACAUGUUCACGUGCCUUGUCAGAUAGCAAUACAACAGGUUUGUGUGGAAAUAAAAAGAAAUACCUCCUUGACAGAGUCUAGUCGUUGGCUGACGACGGUCGUCUGGCUGUUUCUAGAAGUUUCCCAGCAGCACCUAAAGGUUCGCUCUCUCUGCGUGUAUAAGCUUUAUUCAAACCAAAUCCAAAGUCUAUUGUCUGUUGAUUUACAGAUGCACUCCUGUUAUCAGUCCUGACUCACUGUGUGCCCCAAACCAAUGUAUAAUUAUGCCAACACACUAAAAGAUACUAAAGAUUUGAAAAAAUAAAUUUGAAAAGUAAAUACAAACUGAUGAAA